AUGGUUGAUGAGGAUGGUAUGCCUCUGAUUGCAAUGAUAACCGAGGAAGCGGCUAUGAUUGAAGAAGUCAACGCAAUGGGUGAAAACCCAAAAGGAUGGUUCGUUGACACGGGUGCAACCCGCCAUGUUUGUGGAGACAAGGCUCUUUUCUCUACAUUCAAGGAAGCGUCGGGUGAAGAAAAGCUUUAUAUGGGAAAUAAAGCUACCGCUAGCAUCAAGGGGGAAGGCACUGUCAUCCUGAAGAUGACGUCUGGCCAGGAGCUUACUUUGACCAACGUGCUUUAUGUCCCAGAGAUAAGGAAGAAUCUCGUGUCGGGAUGGAUGCUCAACAAGUUUGGAUUUCGUCCAGUGUUUGAAUUGGACAAUUUUGUCUUGUCUAGACGUGGAAUGUUUGUUGGAAAGGGUCAAACACAAGCGACUUCAUCAACAGCGGCUGAUGAAACGGGUCCAAGUUCCUCUACAUGGUUAGAUGAACCAGGUCCAAGUUCAUCUACAUGGGUAGAUGAGGCAGGUCCGAGUUCGUCUACGAGAUUAGAUGAAACUCGUGAACGACCUGAGGUCGAGGAGGGUGAGUUUAGAUGA